UGACUCACCUGUCUGCUCUCUCAGCCAAUCAGAGUGCAGCAGUGUGUGUAAUGCAGGUGAACCUGCAUAGUGAGGCUCAGAGAGAGGGAGACAUCACCGUGCCGACAUGAGCACCUCAGCACCCCCCGACAGGGUUCCUGUAGCGGCCCCUGUCCCCCCCAGCAUGCAGGACAUGGAGUUGAGGGAGGAGUGGCAGGACGACGGCUUCCCCAGGCCUCUCCCCGAGGAUUGUGGGAGUCCAGAGGAGUUGGAGAUCGCAGCGGGCGUCGAGCAGCGACCAGCUCCGCCCACCAGCCUCACCCUAUCAGGAGCUGCAGGGGGCGGGGCUAAGAAGCGUCUGGUGGCACCCACGCUCAGCCUGACGCUUGGCCGGCGUGGCUCGCAGGACCCAAGCAGCGACGGCUUCUCGGCUGCCGCGCUGUCCAAUGCCGACGACACAACGUCACUCGACAUCAACCUGGAGGCGCUGGAGACACCGUCUGGCAGCGAGACGGGGACGCUGCCGGACGGUGUCUACGAGCUGGAGUGGGAAGAUGAUCUCCCCUGCAUGGCGAGGACGCGACCCGGGGCCGUUGGGGGGGCCGAGGCCCGGAGCCCGGUGGAGCAGACGGAGGGCCUGAUGGAGCUGGACCAGGUGGACCAGAGGGGCCGACGCUGGAGGAGGUUCAACGUCUCAGGACAUGAGUACCAGGUCAACAUGAGCGUCCUGGAGCCCUACCUGCAGGUCCUGUCCCACGGAGGUUACUACGGAGACGACAUGAAUGCUGUCAUCCUGUUCACUUCCUGUUACCUGCCAGAAAACACGGUGGAGGACUACGACUACGUAAUGGACAAUCUGUUCAGGUACAUAGUGGGCACAUUGGACCUGAUGGUGUCGGAGAACUACCUGCUGGUGUACCUGUGUGCGAUGGCCCCCAGAAACAAGCUGCCCUCUAUCAAGUGGCUGAACCAGUGCUACACCUCCAUCGACCGCAGGCUGAAGAAGGAUCUAAAGGGUCUGCUGGUGGUGCAUCCUGCCUGGUACAUCAGAGCUCUGCUCACAGUGGUCAAACCCUUCAUCAGUGAGAAAUUUGGCAGGAAGAUCCGGUUCAUACAGACUCUGCAGGAACUGUCAGAGUCUGUUCCCACAGAACGACUGCAGAUACCUGAUGCUGUGAGACAGUACGAUGAGAAGCUGAGGAGAUGACGGUCGCUGAGGUCACGUCCUGUACAGAAUCAGCUCAAAGACUCUGGGUUUAUUUAUACUGUCUGUAAAUCGGGGGGGGGGGGUUCACGUGUGUGCAGUGUGUGCAGUGUGUGCGGUGUGUGACCCUGAGCGCUGCUCUGUGGUCAGGACUCUGCUUUAUACAGCCUGCACUCACAGCAUCCUCAAUAAAGACCUGAUCUAACCUCUAA